AGCCGCCGGAGCCGGAGCCGGAGCAUCCUGCGCCCUCCCCCGCCGGCAGCAUCAGCACCAGGCGCCAUGGCCCGGCCCCGAGCCCGGGGGCGCGGGGGGUAGAGCCCGGCGGGGCGCGCCGCCGCCCGACCCCAGUAGCCCCGCAGGGCCAUGGAGCUGUCGCUGGCCCAGUGGGCGCUCGCCCUGCUCCUGCUGGCCGUGCCCCUGCUCUACGAGUGCAGCGCCUCCUUCAGGUACUUCUGCAAGAUGGCCUUCUACAACGGCUGGAUCCUGACGCUGGCCGUGCUGGUCAUCCCGCUCUGCGCCCUGCGGGGCCGCAGCGUGGAGAACAUGAAGAUCAUCCGGUUCAUGCUGCACCACGUGAAGUACCUGUAUGGCAUCCACAUCGAGGUGCGCGGGCUGGAGCAUUUCAACCUGCCCGAGCCCUACGUCGUGGUGUCCAACCACCAGAGCUCCCUCGACCUGCUGGGGAUGAUGGAGGUGCUGCCCGACCGCUGCGUGCCCAUAGCCAAGAAGGAGCUGAUGUACAUGGGCACCGUGGGGCUGGCCUGCUGGCUCGGCGGCAUCAUCUUCAUCAACCGCAAGAAGACGGACGACGCCAUCGGCGUCAUGUCGGAGACGGCGCAGACCAUGCUGCGUGACAACGUCCGGGUCUGGGUGUUCCCCGAAGGAACCAGGAACCACAAUGGCUCCAUGCUGCCCUUCAAACGCGGGGCCUUCCACCUGGCUGUGCAGGCCCAGGUGCCCGUGAUCCCCAUCGUGAUGUCCUCGUACCGCGAUUUCUACAGCAAGAAGGAGAGAAGAUUCACAACGGGGCGCUGUCUGAUCCAGGUGCUGACGCCGAUGCCCACGCGGGGGCUGGGCCCGGAGGCGGUGCCGGCUCUGACGGAGAGCGUGCGCCAGACCAUGCUCGAGGCCUUCGACCGCCUGUCGGGGGAGCUGAGCCCCGGCCAGGAGCCCCGCACCCCGCAGUGACCCCCGACCAGCCAGUUGGGGCGGAGCCUACGCUGAGUGGGCGGAGCCAGCACCGGCCACGCCCACUAGGCAGGGCAGCCGUGGACCAGACCGACUAACCCAGCAUUCCGACACCCCCCUCCCAGCUUAGCCACUUGGUACCUCCCGCACCCCCACCGUCAGCUACCCCCGCCCUGUCAACAUGGACUGAUCCACUCCAGCCUGAACCAUGGACUGAUCCACUCCAGUUUCUUAAGUGAGGGAGGAGGAUUAAACAAUGGACUGAUCCACUCCAGCCUCCUGCUGGGAGAAGGAACAGAAACUGUGGACCAACCCAUUCCUCCCUCCCACAGGGGGGAGCCGGGGAAAAAAAAGGACCUCAUGGACUGUUCCACUCCAACCUCCCCCAGGAAGAAAAUAAGCUGCAGACCAUUCCACUUCAACCUUUCGGGGGAGGACAGAAA